UGGGUUUUUGUCAGACUUCUUUAUGAUAGGACGAGGUUGUCGUCAGGGAGACCCUAUUUCAGCAUAUAUAUUUAUCCUUUGUGCAGAAAUACUAGCUAUUAAAAUAAGAAAAUGUAAGCAAAUGAAGGGAAUAACAAUUGACAACAAAGAAUAUAAGAUAAUAUAUCACAAUUUGCUGAUGAUACCUAUUUAUUAAUGGACGGGUCAGAAGAAACCUUGAAUAUUGCAUUACAAUUGUUGCACUCCUUCUCACAAUAUUCAGGCCUGAAUGUAAAUUUUGAAAAAACUCAUGUUGUCUGGAUAGGAGCCUUAAAAUACAGCACACAAUCCAUAAAAGCAAGAUGGAAACUAGUAUGGGGAUGUACCCAAUUUAAAUUAUUAGGUUUAACUUUCGAUGUUGAUCUACCUAAAAUGAUUGAGCAAAAUUAUAAUGACAAAUUAGUUAAAUUAGAAAAUAUCAUUGCACAUUGGAACAGAAGAGAGCUAACUCCCUUAGGUAGGAUAACUGUUGUUAAGACCUUGAUACUUCCAAUGUUUAUUCACCUGUUUGUCUCUUUGCCACAACCCAGAGAGGCUAUUUGUAAAGUUUUAAAUGAUAAAGUUCUCAAAUUUGUGUGGCAAGGGCCUUCAAAAAUCAAAGCAAAAGUCAUAACAAAAGAUUUUGAUGAAGGGGGACUCAAAAUGGUGGACAUAAAUGCAUUUAUAAAAAGUUUAAAAUUAUCAUGGAUAAGAAAAGUUAUUCAAGGCCAGAACAAAUUUACAUCCUUGGCUAAAAAGUUAAUAGAUUUUAAUAUACUAUGUAAUACAGGCAGUUUAUACGCAAUUUCAGCUGUUAAAAAUAUAACCAACGCUUUUUGGAUAGAUGUUUUAACAAUAUAUUCUGACUUUGUUAAGAGUAUUAAUAUUGACUCUGUUGAUAAACUUGUAGAUAUGCCUUUGUUUUUUAAUAACUGUUUAUUAAUCAACAAUAAAUACAUUUUUUGGAAAUAUUGGUAUGAUGAUGGCAUUCGGUUUGUUAAAGAUAUUAUUAAAGACAGUGGGCAGAUUUUGUCACUGCAAGAGCUACAAGCAAAAAUGAAUAAACCGGUAAACUUUUUACAUUAUGAAGGUAUAAAAAAGGUUCUUUCCACAUACAUUGUCUCGGUGCAAAAUGUAAAAUUAAAAGAUUAUAAAGUACAUUCAUAUCCCAUUUUGUCGACCUAUAUAAAACCUAUCAUUCUGAAUUCUUGUAAUAAGUUACUAUACAAUAUGUUAAAAGAGAACUCUGAAAUCCCCACAUGCCAAACAAAAUGGAAUGAAUACUUUGCAGAUGAUUCCAUACAAUGGAAAAAUGUCCAUGGACAAGUGUUUAAAAAAACGAAUAAUACAUAUAUUCAAUGGUUACAAACUAGAAUUAUCCACAGAAUAUUGGGAACAAACUCACACCUUUUUAAAAUGGGCUUGUCCGAUAGUAAAACAUGCACUUUUUGCAAAAUGUCAGAAGAAACAAUUACCCAUUUAUUCUGGGAUUGUAACACAGUAAAAAUACUUAUUAAAGAUAUCUCGGAUAGCUUAAAAAACGCAAAGAUACAAAUAGUAAUAAACAGCAAAAUGUUCCUUCUUGGUGAUACAAACGUAAAUGACAGCUGCUUUAUUCUUUUCAUGGAAGUUAAAAAGUACAUUUUUGAAUGCAAAAGGAAAGAAGUAAUUCCAAAUUUUCAGGGACUUAAGGCUAGCCUAAAAUUAUCUUUAAAUAUAUAUGCAAACACAACAAAUGAAUCAAAUAAAGGAAUUUUUUGGAAAGUUAUAGUUUGCAAAAGGAGGUUAGAGUUGUUUCCCUUUGAGGGAGGACGUGUUAUUUUUGGACAGAGCAAAAAAAUAAAUAAAACAUAGUAAAGUGAAUAUUUUCACUGGAUUAAAGUGGUAUUUGUGAAAAAUGGAAGUUUUCUUGUAACGAGGUAAUACGACUUCAUUUAAAAUUGAAAAACAACUACAAUGUAAAAACUUUUUAUAGUGCACAUGGUCACGCUAUGCUUCAAAAGAGGAUGUCGCCAUAUUGAAUGUGUACAUUUUGACAUAUGUGUAAACUGACAAUAAUACACACGCCUGCACAACAAGAUCAAAAUAUGUAUACUUCUCAAAAGAAAAUAGUAAAUGGCGGAUAAGCGAAAGCACAUUAGUACAAGCGGGAGUGAGUUAGAGUCAAGUAUAAGUGAAGUAGUGGUAGAAAAACAAAAGAAGAAAAAAGGUAAAAUAGUCGCAUCAAAAGGAAAAACGAUCCCUGAAACACAGGGUGAAAGUAUAGAGAGCCAAAUUCAAGAUUUGAAAGUCGAACUGAAAUUGAUGAGCGAUAAGUUGACAUCGUUUAUAGAUAAAAACGACUCAUUUACAAAGGAAUUGGUAACUAAAAUAACAACACAGGUUAAAGCAGAAAUAGUUAAGCCAUUUGAAAAGAGAAUUGAAAUUCUAGAAGCAAAGUUGUUCGAAAAGAGCUCGACAGUGACAAAUUAAAUAGGAAAAUUGAAAGCCUUGAAAAUGAUCUGAAGAAAGCAAAGGAAAGUGAACAACAUGACAAAACAUGCAUAAUUAGGGUCAUGGAAAAACAAUCAGGUAAACUCAACGAGCUUGAGCAGUAUGGAAGACGGAAUAAUAUCCGGAUAGCAGGGUUAGCCGAAGCGAGCAAUACUAACAAUAACAAUAAAACGACAAGUGAAACGGCAGAAGACACUAGCAAGGCAAUAAUAAAAUUUCUAAAUGAGAAGAUCGAGGGGCUUAAUCUUUGCAUAAACGAUAUUGACAUAGCACAUCGACUAGGCAAGAGAGAUACCAAUAGUAAACCAAGAGCAGCAAUUGUGAAAUUCGUGUCCAGGUACAAGAGAGAUCAAGUGAUGAAAAAUAGAAGGUGCCUGAAAGGUUCUGGCAUCUUUCUAAAUGACGACCUAACAAAGCUGAACCAAGCUGUUUUGAUGUCAAUAAAACGUAAACUGAACCAAGAACGAAAUGAAACAGCUUGGUCCUGGGAAGGGAAAUUGUACGUGAAAACAGCAAGUGGUACAAUUACCCAAGUACGAUUUGACGAGUACAGCAAAUGGACAGGGCCAGAAUGGAACACCAUACUCAAACAGUUUAACAAUUCAUAAUAUGUGUGCACUCUAUCUUUCAUCGAACAGUAUACGCAUAAGCGUUUUUCACGAGGAAACGAUGCUUGAAACCAUGCACUGGUGAUUUUUGUUAAAGGGAUAUGUUGAAUCAUAAUUUUGUCACAUUUAUAAGACAUCAAGCUCUCCUAAAAAUAGAAAAUAAUAGUUAACGAAUUAUUUGUAUAUUGACAUACAGUAGUUUUUUUGUGUUUUUCAGCUUAUAAAAACAAAGUUCGUUUAUCAAUGCAUAAAAGCGUUCGUUAACUGUAUUAUAAAUACAUAAUUACAGUUUAACUAUAUGCGUUUGUGUGAAUUUUAAAUACGAUUUUGGAUAGCUAUGUACAAUCUAAUGAAUUAUUUGUAUACUGCAAAAGGCUAGUUUUUUUCAAUCUAUAUCAAAAAAUAAGUUUUUUUUAUUAAUGCAAAAAAUUAUAAAGCGGCAAAAAGGUAUUAUUUGUAAAAUAUGUAAUAAGAUGUUCAAGUAGACCGAUUUUAUAUGAAUGCACCUAUAACAAUUAGAAUGAUAAAAUAUAUGCAUGCAUUUUUGUAAUAUAUAGCAAGUGGUCCGAAUGCUAAUCUAAUAGAUUUUUUUCGCUUUUUUCGCUCCAUUAGAUAAGCUGAUAAUCGGAUAGUUAUGCAACAGGACAUUUGUUUAAUUUGUCAAUUAGGAUAGCAAUCGAUACAAACUUUUGAUAUGCUUAUUGUGUCCAAAAUAAGGCUAAUCUAAUGUGUUUUCGCCUUUUUAGCUUCAUUAGAUUAACCGAUUAUUGGAUAAUAUUGUGACAAGUAAACGUCCUAAAAAUCAAUUAUAGAUACAUAAUUGUAGUGAUGCUAUAUACAUUUGGUAUCCUUGAUUAACUCUUUUCAAGGUAACCACUUACAUGUAGAAAAACGUUAUCAUCUUGGAUGUAGUUGCAUGAAGACACAAUCAUAUUGUUCAGCGAUGCAUAAUGUAUUGAUACAGACAGUCCAGGCGUGGAUAAAUUUUAUCAAAUUGUAAAACAUCAAAAUUGCAAAAGAAUACAUUCUAGAUCACCCUCGAAGUUAUAGUGUGUCUUUUAUUUAGUGGUGAUAAUGAUUUUGACCAUAAUGUUGUUGUUUUUCUUGGUGUUAUUGUACUGUAUACGAAUAUAUAUGUGUUUAGUUUUUGUAAGACAAACAAAUUUACUCUCACAAGUGCAAACGCACGCACGCACACACGCGCGCACGCACGCACACACACACACACACACACGCACUAAGACACACACACACACACACACACGCACGCACGCACGCACACACACACACGCGCACACGCACACGCACACACACCCUCACACACACACACACACACACACACACACAAUCACUCCGAUUGAUUAGCUAAUUAUCCGAUAUUUAUGCUACAGGAUACGUGUUUAACUUGUUGAAUAGUAUGCAUUUACUAUAGAUCUAAUGCAGAUUUGUACCAAGUUGUUAAAAAUGUAAACAGAUAAAUGAUAAGAUGGCAAAAGAUUAAACUGGUAGUAUGCUAUUUGUACCCAAAAUAAGA